AAAAAGGAGGAGGAGGUGGAGGUGUGGGAGGGGGCUUGAAGAGCAGUGGGACUCGUCGAGGCAGCUUUUUUUAAGGAAAUGGAGUCAUCGAGAAGGGCUAGAAGGUUGGUGGUACACGAUUGGACUCCUUGUCCCUUCUGAAAAUAUGCUUUGCGGGCUCCGAUCGGCGGUGUCUUAUACUAAUAAGCUACUGUGAUGAGAGGGAACUUCAUUAGCCGGAGGAUUCUGCAGAGAUUCCGCCACCUUGCGAUCUCCUCCGUUGGAUCCGUCAAGAUGAAACUGCUUCUCUGUUGCUGUAUCGCUUUCACUUUCGUGCUCAUUGCUGGCCGAGCCGCGUCUUUCAUGGCAUGGACACACCACCACGAUUCUCUUCGACACUUCCCUACUCCCAGGAAAGGUUACACUAUAUUAAUUAACACGUGGAAGAGAUAUGAUCUUCUUAAACAGUCUAUUUCCCACUAUGCAUCCUGUGCGGGACUUGAAUCAAUACAUAUUGUAUGGAGUGAACCUGAUCCUCCAUCAGAUUCUCUUCGUGAAUUUAUUUGGCGUACUAUUAAGUCAAACUCAAGGGAUGGUAAAGACAUUGAACUGAGGUUUGACAUAAAUAAGGAAGACAGUCUGAAUAACCGAUUCAAGGAAAUUAAGGAUUUGAAGACAGAUGCCAUCUUUUCAAUUGAUGAUGAUGUUAUAUUUCCCUGCACUUCAGUAGAGUUUGCUUUCAGUGUUUGGCAGAGUGCUCCUGAUACCAUGGUGGGAUUUGUACCCCGUAGUCAUUGGGUGGAUAAAUCGAAGGAAAGUAUGGAAUAUUACACUUACGGGGGCUGGUGGUCCGUUUGGUGGAUGGGUACAUACAGUAUGGUGCUUUCAAAAGCUGCCUUUUUCCACAAGAAGUAUCUUUUCUUGUAUACAAACCAGAUGCCGACAUCAAUUCGAGAAUAUGUAGCCAAAAACAGCAGGAAUUGUGAGGACAUUGCAAUGUCUUUCCUCGUUGCAAAUACAACCGGUGCUCCCCCCAUAUGGGUGAAAGGUAAGAUAUUUGAGAUUGGCUCAACUGGAAUCAGUAGUUUGGGCGGUCAUAACAAGCGAAGAACCCAAUGUGUCAACAAGUUUGUUGGAGAGUAUGGGCGCAUGCCAUUGGUAUCAACAUCUGUGAAGGCUGUCGAUAGCCGCAACAGCUUGUUUUGGUGAUGUUGGAUUUCUUCACAAUAAAUUGUCUAUUUUUGCUACCU